AGGAAAACUCAGAAGAUCAUCGAAGCCCGAUGGCUCAAGGAUUCUUAUUGGCUUUGGUCGUCGCCGUGCUCUGUUUUGAAGCUGCCACCGCUGUCGGUGAAUUCAACUACGGUGAUGCUCUGGAUUUGAGUUUCUUGUAUUUGGAGGCGCAAAGGUCCGGUAAACUUCCGGUGGACCGCCGUGUUAAGUGGCGGGGGGACUCUGGCCUUAAGGAUGGUUUUGCACAAGGAGUGAAUUUAGUGGGAGGGUACUACGACGCAGGAGACAAUGUGAAGUUCGGGCUACCAAUGGCGUUCGUAGCAACAAUCCUUUCAUGGGGAGCCAUUGAUUUCAACAAGGAAAUUACAAAUGCCAACCAAAUGGACAACACUUUGAAGGCCAUUAAAUGGGCCACCGAUUACUUUCUCAAAGCCCACACUCAGCGCAACGUUCUUUGGGGUCAGGUCGGCGAUGGCUCCUCCGAUCACUUCUGUUGGGAACGUCCCGAGGAUAUGACCACUCCUCGAACCGCUUUCAAGAUCGACGAGUCCCAUCCUGGUUCUGACCUUGCCGGUGAAACCGCCGCCGCUUUGGCCGCCGCUUCGAUUGCCUUCAAGACUUACAACUCUGCUUAUUCCAAUCUCUUGUUGGCCCAUGCUAAAGAGUUGUUCACGUUUGCAGACACCUUUAGAGGUCUAUACGACGAUUCCAUUCCAUGUGUUUCAGGGUUCUACACUUCAUCAGGAUACUGGGAUGAGCUGUUGUGGGCGGCAACUUGGUUAUUCAGAGCCACCGGAGAUGAAUAUUACUUGAAGUACACGGUAGAUAAAGCGGUGUCGUUUGGUGGAACUGGAUGGGCAAUGAAAGAGUUCUCUUGGGACAACAAAUAUGCUGGCGUUCAAGUUCUUUUAACCAAGGUGUUGUUGGAAGGACGUGGCGGUGGUUAUGAGUCGACGUUGAAGCAAUAUCAGGCGAAAGCUGAUUACUUUGCUUGUGCAUGCCUUGAGAAGAAUGAUGGGUUCAACAUCAAUAAAACUCCUGGUGGAUUAUUGUACGCCCACGAAUGGAACAAUAUGCAAUACGCCUCCACCGCCGCAUUUCUCAUGGCCGUCUACUCCGACUACCUCUCCACCGCCAACGCAAAGCUCAUUUGUCCUGACGGCGUCUUCGAGCCUAAAGAGCUUCUCAAUUUCGCACAAUCCCAAGCCGAUUACAUCCUCGGCAAAAACCCUAACUCUCUCAGCUAUUUAAUCGGCUACGGUCCCAAAUUCCCUCAAAAGCUCCACCACAGAGGCUCUUCGAUCGCUUCAAUUUUCACCGAUCCCGUUCCAGUCGGCUGCGUCCAGGGCUUCGAUACCUGGUACCAUCGUCCUCAAGGAAACCCUAACAUUCUUCACGGCGCUCUCGUCGGCGGUCCGGACAAGAACGACAGAUUCGGCGACGAGCGAUCUGAUUAUGAACAGACUGAGCCUACACUCACCGCUUCUGCUCCUUUGAUUGGUCUCUUCUCGAAGUUGCAUAGCUCCGUUAAUGGCCAUCAAAUUCCUGGAUCGCGAGGAUAUCAACCACCGGUGAAACGUGAAGAGGAAUCCCCUGACGCCAACGUCCCUGUAUCUGCAGGGUCUCCAGUGGAGUUUAUCCACACAAUAACAAGCACUUGGACCGUAAACAAAGAAAGUUAUUACAGACACCAAGUGAAGAUCAAGAACACAUCAGGAAAGUCAAUAAAAAAUUUAAAAUUGCAACUUGAUAAUCUCACAGGCCCUAUUUGGGGACUGUCUCCAACACAACAAAAAGGGGUUUACGAGCUUCCAACAUGGUUAACCGUGCUUCAACCUGGUUCUGAGUGUGCUUUUAUCUACAUUCAAGAAGGUCCCCAGGCUAAAGUCACCGUUUCUAGCUACCAUUAACAAAAAACUCAUGUUUCCUUCCAAGCAAGUUUGGUUUCAUGUUGGUUUAAUUUCACAUUCUAAGCACUUACAAAGUUGUUUGAAAUACACUUUUAGGAAAUCAAUCCAUCAUGGAGAUGUGUUUCUUUCUUUUUUCUUUUUUUUUUUUUCUUUCUUUUUGUGAAAAGAUGAAGAGGAAUUUUUAUGCACAGAGGUGAGUUUCAUGUAAUAUAAAAAGAAAAAAAUUUGUUCUUUUUAUUUGAAGACAAAAUAUUUUGGCCCUCCAUAUAAAUGAUGGGUCCGUCUUAUUGA